GGAUUUUCGGCACAUGCUGUUGCGAGGGACAGGCAGGCGGCUCCUGAGUCAUGGGAGGGGGGAGGGGGCGGGAGCGCCCUUCAUGCACGCCUUCAACAAGACAUCGCCAGGCAAACCCCCUAAGGUUCAUGUAAGAGGAGAAGGAGUCUAUGUGUACGAUCAGGAGGGAAACAAGCUCCUGGAUGGGCUAGCAGGGUUGUGGUCGGUAUCCCUCGGGUACAGCCAGACGCGGAUCGUGGAGGCAGCAGGAAGGCAGAUGGCGAAGUUGCCUUACUACCACACAUUCUGGAAUCAAGGGCACGAUGUGGGCUACGAGCUCGCGGCGAGGCUGCAGGAGUUUAUCCCUUGCCCUGUAGAGAAGAUCGCGUUCACCAGCGGAGGUUCGGAUGCCAACGAUACCGCAAUCAAGCUAGUGUGGUACUACAACAAUGCUCUAGGAAGGCAGGGGAAGAAGAAGAUCAUCGCAAGGAACAAGGCAUACCACGGAGUCACCGCUCUUGCCGCUUCGCUGUCUGGACUUCCGGGGCUUCACUCCAACUUUGGAGCGUCUGCCGCGCAGAACCUUCCUCUCCCGGGCUUCCUGCAUGUCACCUGCCCUCACAUGUAUCGCUUCGCCAAGGAGGCAGAGAGCGAGGAACAGUUUUCAAGCCGCCUGGCGAAGGAGUUGGAGGAGAAGAUUCAGCAUGAGGGGCCGGAGACGGUUGCUGCUGUCAUUGCAGAGCCGUUGAUGGGAGCAGGAGGGGUCAUGCCUCCUCCUGUGGGAUACUUGAAGAAAGUCAGAGAGAUCUGUUCCCGGCACGACGUGCUGAUGAUCUCGGAUGAGGUUGUCUGCGGGUUCGGUCGAUUGGGAGAAGAUUUCGGUUUUCAGAAGUACGGUUUUGUUCCGGACAUCAUCACCAUGGCAAAGGUCGACAUUUGA